GCUAUCGCACUUUUUAUCGUUUGGACAUCACCAUCAAGCAUGAAGAAGCUCACGCUCUUGAGCAUGCUCGCUGUUGUGGCACUGCUGUCUGUCAUCUUCUUCUCCGUGCCGAGUGUGAACAAGCACAUUUACCUUGCCAAGAUCCCGACAGUGAAGUCCCUGGAAUUUACCGAGCAACGGUUGUACGAGCAGUCGUUCCCGAUAAACCUCUCGGACCACACUCAGUUGUUCCCUCACGACACGCAAGUCCACUACCACCUCAAGCCGAAUGUGCAGCGGCUGCUGACCUCUGGUUCGUGCUCCUGUGUGGGCCGGAACGCCCUACAGCUAGAGAAAGGGUUCUCGCCAUCCGAAGUGGAGGACGCACGCCAGAGGAGACAGAAGGAAAUGCAAGAAUUCUUACAGAGGCAGGAUCCUGUUCUGAAGAAGAUCCUGGUGGCUCGUCCCAACUCGCCGCUCUCUUACCCGACCCAGGGGCUGCAGGCGCCACCAAUGCAGACCAUCCUCAUACCGGGGUUAAGUUUGUAUGCAAAUGAAAGAGAAAUAUACAAGGUGACGCUGUCCGCGAAGCUGGGGGUGCUGGACACGGUGGCGGAGGUGGGAGGGGUGACGGCAGAAGGGCUGGGCGAGUCGCGCCUCUCCCUGAGCAGCCCCCACCUGGAGAACCUCAACCUGCAGCUGCGCACAGUCACGUACACCAACACGGUGUACCAGCCGGGCACCUCCGAGAUGGUGCAGCUGGAGAGCGAGAAACACAGAGCUGAGAUACCGAUCAUCGUCGCGCACCAGAGCUUGCCCUGGCUCUACGACCCGGGUCCUGAUGGUAAAAUCAGCAACCUGGUGACGGUGGUGACUAAGACGUUCUUGCGCUAUGAUAAGCUGAAGGGGCUCAUCGCCAGCAUCCGGAGAUUCUACCCAGACAUCACCAUCAUUGUGGCGGAUGACUCCGAGCACGUCGAGGUGCUCCAUGAGCCAGGCGUGGAGCAGUAUAUCAUGCCUUAUGGGAAGGGCUGGUUUGCUGGCAGGAACCUCGCCAUCUCCCAGGUGAUGACCAAGUACCUGCUGUGGGUGGAUGACGACUUCCUCUUCUCGGAGAAUACGAAGCUGGAGCGCAUGGUGGAGGUGUUGGAGAGGACUUCCUUAGAUGUGGUGGGUGGCGUUGUGGGCAAGAACGCCUUUCAGCACAAGCUCACGGUGGUACCUGGAGGCUCGGACGGAGACUGCUUGUACCGCCAUUCGGGCUCUUACCACAAACUGGACGGCUUCCCGGCCUGUACGCUGGUGGACGUGGUGGUGAACUUCUUCCUGGCCCGCACCGAGAACAUGCGGAGAGUCAGCUUCGACCCCCAGUUCAGUCGCAUCGGUCACACGGAAUUUUUUAUCGAUGGUCUGGGAAAGCUCAGAGUGGGGACGUGCAGCGACAUCUCCAUCGACCACGCGCCCAAGACGGGAAACGCAGCCAAGUACAACCACUUUCGCCACGCCAAGGAAGCUCACGGCCGCACGAUCCGUGCUCUGUUCUUCAAGAAUCACCUUAAGUGCUACUUAAUGUAGUGCCUUCUAAUGAUGGCCACAAGGAAUGGUGGAACCUGCAAUGGGACUGGAGGCCUGGCUCAUAAGUUAAUACGUUUACUACAUAUGAAUACUAAGCUAUGCAAUGCAAAGUGCAACAACACUAUCUAAUAUCUUUGUUAAACCUUCAUAAAAUGGAUAUCCAUGAUGCACACGGAACACUACAUUUCUUAAAGACUUGAAAGGUGCCACACAACUUACCAACAGUUUACAUUAGCAAAAUUACAAGAGUAAACAAAUAUUUGUUAUUGAUGAUUUUGUAAUAUAAAUAAUUCAACUUUCUAAUUAAGUAGUUAAUAUUGCCCUUGAUUAAAUUUCAAUGCUGCUCUCAAUUGUAAACAAAAAUCUUGAUAUUCCUUAUUACAGCAUCCAAUUAUGUAAUAUUGAGUUGUUUUACUUAUCAUGUUAAUGUAUUCUUUCAUGUAUUUAUUAGUUUAAUGGAGAAUGUUCAAUUGUGUAAUGUUUAUAAUGCAUGAUUAUAGUUGGUAACUCCUCUUUUGGCCCUCAGGUCGGUUUAUUUUUAAUUAGUGGAGAGUGCAUCGUGUCCCUGAUACUUGUAUUCAGUAUACUGUAUAUGUGCACAUACACAAUGGAUAUACACACACCCAUAUACACGAAUAUACACACAUAUACAGUAUAAUUUAUAUUAUCUUGCUUUUUAUAUUCUAUAGUUAUGGACAUAUUGCAGGCAUACAACAAUUGCCAAUUCUAAUAACCGCAUUUGUUUCAAGAUUGGUUGAAUAAAUUCGUUAUUGAAUAUUGUCCAUUAAGUCAGUAUGUUGG